AUGAGGCUGAACCCCAGCCCGAGCCUAAAGCUGAACCUGAGCCUGAGUCUGAGUCUGAGUCUGAGCCUGAGCCUAAUUUUCGAGUUGGGCAAGGAUGCGUUGGUCCCCAUGGAGAAUGGUCAACUCUUCCUCGGUACACUUAUCGAGUUCAGAGCCAACGAAUGCUUAGUGCGGUUCGACGACGGUACGCGUAAGUGGGCGCCGUUCUCCGAGAUGGUCCUGAUGGGAGGUGAAAUAAAUGACGACGAGCAAGAUCCGCAAUCGAUGGAAGAGACAGCCGAACAACCAACGCCACCCGUAGCCGCUACCAUCAACGAUGCGCGUGACAUGAAGAAUGUAUUCAACACACUGACGAGCGCUGAUCAGCUGCCCUACAAACUGGACACGUUAAAGUGGAACGAAACACAUCAGGUGAACACCCAGGGUGUCUACUGCUACUGUGGCACUGACGGCAAUUGGGCCAAGGAGAUGAUCCAGUGUUGCCGCUGUUAUCAGUGGUUUCAUGAGCGCUGCAUCCGUAGCCUGCAGUAUCCAAUCUUCCUCGGGGACACGUUCUAUCUGUUCGUCUGCUCCAUCUGCAAUCAUGGACACGAGUUUGUGCGCCGUCGCGAGCUCACCUGGACCAACCUAGCAUACCUGGCGCUCUUCAAUCUGCUCAUGCGCAACGGACCGCGCCUGUUCGAUCUUGACACGGCUAUCGUGCGUUUCAUCGAGGACAACGUACACACGCUGCAGCUGCCGCAGAAGAUGCUGAUUAAUUCUCGUAACGUUUCAAAUUAUCAACUGCUUCAAGCGAUGAAAAGUGACAACCGUUUUGUCAACGGGCGUGAGCUUCAACUCUCCGAUCAACUCUGGACUUUGCGGGAAAGUGAGCCACCAGCUCCCGUACCCGUAAAGUUGCCCGUUGGCCAACACGUGACAGUAACGGAGAAUCUGCUACGGAAAAAAAAGUUUCACUUUAUGCAGCGUGUGUAUGUCGAGCGUAGUUUCGUGACAGAUGCGGCUUGCCGCGAACGAAUGCUCGGUCUGAAGUUUGCCUGCGAGCCGGAAUCUGUCGUCGAUCCCCGCGCAAAUAAACCUCGAUCGCACGAACCCAACAUGUCGGCAUCGAUCAAACCCCAAUCAACCCGUAAGCCAACGCUGAAGCGUCGCCGAGCCACCAACGAUUCAGAAGAACCGGUUGCAUCCGGUUCCUCUUCGAUGCCCGCGGAUUUGGAUGAGCGCAGGAUAAGCCCGGUGCCAGUGGCGCCGGUAAAAGAAAAAACGCCGACAUGGAGAAGCGAACUGGAUAAGCUAAUCCCGCCGCCGGUCAAUUUUGACGGCCCUAACAAUCCUUUCUACGACGAGGUGUUUAUGGAAGACGUUGUCCAUGCAACGCCAAUCCGGGAAGCGCGUAAAAAGAGAUUGCUCGCCCAGCGUGAUUUGGCGGCGAUUCGCGAGGAACCGGUACGUAUUGUGAAUGUGAAACAAGAAGAACAGGAGUAG